AUGGUAGAGAGAAAUAUGACCCAUUCUCGAGAUCCGGCUGCUACAAGAUGUGGCCGAUGUUAUGUUGGUCACAAUUUUGCCUCGUUUUUCCUUGAUGAUGUGAUUGGUUCCCGUGGCCUGCUCUUCUUUCUCCUAGCCAACCUCUCGACCGGCUUAGCUAAUCUCUUCGGCCUGAUAGACUUGGCCAACUGCCGAAAUUCGUGUGUCAACCAACAAGGUUCGGCGGUUAGUGGCGACGAGAAUACGAGUGCAAUCACCUUCGGUAUUGUUGACAUCAUCGAAAAUGGUCUCUGUGCUGCACUCCAACUGGGUCUGCUCAUUCUGCAUCUAGUGAUUUCCUUCUUACCUUUCUUUAUACUGUCCAUACAAGGACGCUUUAACAGGUAG